CGUACCAUAAUUCCUUUACUGGCCGGUGGCAUCACUGCACACAGGCCACAGGGCACUCAAGCAGUCAUACUUCGACCCUCAUUGUAUAGUGCAGAUGCAGGUAAAGAAUUUUUCCAACGAAUAUCCGGGAGUGCCGUAGAGACCGUUACGAAAAGACAACUUUUUCCUUGUUAUAGUACUAAUACGCCUAAAUUCCAAGCAUGAAUGAUACUGAGCGAAUAAUCAGAGAGGUGAGGAUCAGGCCAUGUCUUUGGAACUCCUCCUGCAAAGGAUACUCGGAUGCUGAGGCGAAGAAAGUGGCCUGGCAGAAAGUUAUGCAUGCUGUCUACCCAGAUUAUGAGGAAUAUGCACCCGAAACUCAAAUGAAUCUAGCGCAGGAAACCCAAAAGAAAUGGAGAAAUGUUCGAGACAGUUUCAUCAAAGAACUCAACAGACAAAAGAGCUUCGAAGCGGGAUGGGCCGUCAAAACUAGGAGACCGUAUAGAUAUUAUGACCAGUUGAAAUUUUUAAUGGAAAGUGAAAACGAGUCUACUUGCGACAUGAAUGUAGGAGACGCCUCUACACUGUGUGACGUCACAAUCAAGACUUCAAACAAACAAAUGUUACUUUCACCAUACGAAGAAAUGGUCGAUGUAAGCGAUAUACCAAAGAUCAAUCCAGAUAUGGCGUUUUUCGUUUCCCUCUUACCAUCUGUGCAAAAUUUAGACGAAGACCAAAAACUCACCUUUCAAAUGAAAGUGCUGAAAGCCCUACAAAGUGUCAAAAGGAGAAUCAAUGAUGAAGAAAGCGUCAUUUUUGUUAGCACGGGGAAGAGUAAAUCUUCGUGGGUCUCUGAUGAAUGGAAAUGAAUCAGUUUGAUAGAGUAGUAUAGUGUAAUAUAAAAAUAAACUGAAACACAAAUCACUACUGUUAUUUCCAAAGCCAGUCAGGCAAUGAUUAUUUUUUCCAGAAUUACUGAGGGUCAGGUUACAAAUAAUAUUUGAAAGAAUGUAAUUUUAAACCUAAAAAAAUGGCAACUUGCUUUUUCGUGCUUACCUGAGAGAAUUUAGACACUUAAAAAUAGCAUAAGCGUGCUUUUCCAAAAAAAUAACGUAAAAUUUUACUUCUGCUGCGGCAAAAAGUCAUGCAUUUUUCAAUAUUUUUGAAUCGUCGUAAUUCCAGCGGGAAAAUUCCAUGCAUUUUUAUUUUUGAAUCGACGUAAUUCCAGAAAAGGAAAUAAAUAAAAAAGUAUCCCGAUAGGAAAAUCGACGAAAACUUAAUUCUCUGUACUUGAGAAGCAAAGUAACGCAUAUUUCUAUAUACUUUGUGACUCAUCACAAAAUAAAUACUUAUGCAUAUAUUUUCGUACGAUACGUUUGAGAAUACUAUCUGCGAGUUUGAAAAAUCAUCCAAAAAAAUGUUAUACACAUAUCGAUAUCUAAAAGCAAAGCAAGAAAAAUGAUGACACAGUGCUUCUGAGUACUGGAAUUUUUUGGACAUAGAACCCUAUAUUUAGAGCCCUCACAAAUACUUUAUGACUGCCAAAAUAAUAAAACCGAUGGUAUCCUUUAGUUCCUAAGCAUCCCAAUUCCCAAACUUGAAAUGUGCGAAUUACCCUUACUGCUUUGGAAAUGUGCGAUGGCUUUAUACGCUACGAAUAAAUUGUCAUAAAAAUUGAUGAAUUUCUUCAAGAAAACAGGAUGGAAAUUACAUGAUCAAAUUUAUUCAAGUCAAGCUUACCAACACAUAGUAACUUUCUGUGAUACCAACCUCAGGGGAAAAAUACCAAAACAUAAUUUAUACUCUAUUUCACGAGUGUGCAUCACAAUACAGUGACAGCUGAUUAUGUAGUAAUGUCUCAAAAUUCCCCAUAUCGACACAGGUCACAUAAUUUUGACGGAUCCGUCGACCCCAGGUAGUCAAACCGUAUUUUGUUUUGUUUUUUGUACGCUACAGAUUCAUUUUGUACCAGCUAACAGCUCUUUCAUUUAAAAAAGUUCAUUUGCAUAUAAAAACAAAAUGCCACAAACAAGUUUUACUAGACUUAUACCCAAUUCAUUAUUGCCAACGUUGCAGACUAACACAAAAAUGUCACUGGCUGAUCAGCUGUUCACCUCAGUAGACGUCAAAGCGUGAUGGAUACUCGUGAAAUAGGGUAUAUAUGUAUAAUGAACCUAACCAAUAAACAGUUGACAGUAUACUCACAUACUGCUUCUUUCUGUUGAAAUAUUAAAUACUAAAAUUAAAACUAAAGCGCCAAGCCAAACUGUGAAGAUUAUAAUUUUAAUAUCAAAUCACAAAACGUGAACACGUCAAAUAACAGAGUAUCAAGGAAAAGGGACUAAAGAGAUACUAAGCAAUAUGCUGUCUUCUGGGAUACAUCUACAGAUGGUAAAAUUAACAACGCCAGUUUUAUUUUAGUUCAUCAGGAAUCUGGGCAUCAGCGGUGGCGUAGUGGUAGACGUUAUUGCCGUGCGCUGUGCGGGUUCGACUCCCGUCCCAAGAGAAUUUUUCUCUUGGCUAUGGAUGUUGUGAUUGUCCGUAGAUGGUCUCUGACUGUUGAAUGCGGAAGUACCACCCGGCGGAUCUGGUGGGCGGGACUAGAAUGUGUGCAUGUUGCUUUCACACGUGUUCCCUCGCUAGGGUCCGUGUGGCGUCCUCCUCCUUUCCCCUGUAUCCCCCUAUGACCCGACAGUGCUCCAUGAGUGUUUAGGCCUUAGGCUUUCGUGGUGUUUGGAGUAUAAAACAAAUCCAGGGGGAGGUUAAAUUAAGCCAGGGGAAACAUUUAAAAAUAGAAAAGACGACCAAUCGUCCCCUGCUGGUAAUCAUGUCUGCUACUCAAUACCCCACUACAUUUUUUUUAUAAUAUAGAAGUAAACAUAUAUAUCUUUAAUGAUGUUACAAAAAGAAGCUAAUGUAUCUAAUUGGCAGAUACAUAAUUGGAAAAGUAAUCUCAAAGCUUGCUCGCAAAAUGAAUGUUCAAUAUUUCAUGGAAAUAUUUUAUACUUCGCAUUUUGUUUUAUGUAGUAUCUAAUAAACAAGUCAAUCAGUAUGAAAUGUUUAUAUUUAUGCAGUUUUCUAUAAGAUAAGGUAGUCGCCAGUUUGACGAUGGAAAAAACUUCAAACAUGUCUUGAAAACCAUGUUGUUCAAGAUAACUUCUCUGAAAAACAAAAAAGCUUUUAGCUUUGAUCAAGUUUGCACCCAUUUUGAGAAACUUUCGAGAAAAUUCUAUAUCAUUUCAACAAAAAACGUGUUGACAAAAUAAAAAAUGACCAUCUCUCCACAAUACAUACUGUUAACUAAUCGAGGAAUGGGAAUCGAAUGUUGAUGCGUUUUAUUAUUAC